AUGGAUGAUGAAGUUGGAGACCAUGAGAUCAAUGAGGAAUACAAUUGUGAUGAAUUGGAUUCAGAUUUAGAAAGUGAUGGGGAUGGCAGCUUGAAAAGGGGAAAUUUUAAAAAGUUUAGACAAGAUGAUAUGAACAAGGAUUUCAGAUUCUCACUGGGGAUGGAAUUUUGUUCACUGAAGGAGUUUAAAAAUGCACUAAUGGAGCAUAGCUUAUUAAAUGGAAAAGAGAUUAAGUUUAUGAAGAAUGAUCUCACAAGAGUAAGGGCAGAAUGUAAAAAAAAAAUGUGGCUUUUUAUUAUGGCUCGCAAGGUAGGAGGGAAGGAAACAUUUAGGGUGAAAACCUUAGUUGGAAGACACAGGUGUGGCAGAGUUUUUGGAAACAAAAAUGCAAGUGUGAAUUGGAUUGCCCAAGUUUUAGUUGACAGGUUUGUAAAUGUGGCUAGCAUGACUGUCAACCAAUCAUUGAUGACAUUAAAAAGUCAUUCAGUGUUGGAAUCACUACUUGGAAAGGCCAAACAAAUUGUCUUGGAUUCUCUUGUUGGUGAUAGGGAAAGACAAUAUGCUCGUCUAUAUGAUUAUGUGGGGGAAUUGCUAAGAGUCAAGUGUGGAACUUUUAAAAUUAAAGUGAAUCAACCCCAACCAAGUUUGCCACCAAGAUUUGGCUCUUUCUAUAUGUGUUUAGAGGGGUGUAAGCAUGGUUUUUUAGGAAGUUGCAGGCCCUUCAUAGGGGUGGAUGGUUGUCAUCUUAAGACAACAUAUGGUGGCCAAUUGUUGGUGGCGGUUGGACGAGACCCCAAUGAUCAAUACUUUCCACUGGCUUUUGCAGUGGUCGAGAAUGAAUGCAAGGAAACUUGGAGAUGGUUUUUAUCACAGCUUUUGGAUGAUAUAGGUGGCACUGAUUGUCAACGUUGGGUGUUUAUUUCUGAUCAACAAAAGGGACUAAUGGCAGUUUUUGAUGACAUGAUGGAUGGAGUUGAACAUCGAUUGUGCUUAAGGCACUUAUAUAACAACUUCAAGAAGCGAUUUGGUGGAGGAGUACUCAUUAGAGAUCUCAUGAUGGGAGCAGCAAAGGCUACAUAUGAGAAGGAAUGGGAAAAAAAGAUGGGUAAGUUGAAAGCUAUUAACAUUGAUGCAUAUAAUUGGUUAUUAGGUAUUCCUACCAAGAGUUGGUGUAAACAUGCCUUUAGUACCUAUUGUAGAUGCCAUGUGUUGAUAAAUAAUUUCACUGAGUCCUUUAAUAGUACUAUAUUACUAGCUAGAGACAAACCAAUAAUAACUAUGAUGGAAUGGAUACAAACUUAUAUCAUGAAACAGUUUGCAACACUUAAGGAGAAAGCCAUCACAUAUCCAGGAGUUUUAAUGCCUAGACCUAGAAAAAGGCUUGAUAAGGAAAUAAAAAAGAGUGGUAAUUGGGUUCCCACUUGGGCCAGGGCUGAAAAAUUUGAGGUCACACACGGCUUUACAAUGGAUAAGUUUGUUGUUGACUUAAGUAACCAUUCUUGUAAUUGUUACAAUUGGGAUUUAAUAGGAAUACCCUAUAAGCAUGCUAUUGCUGCCAUUAAUUACAAAGUUCAAAACCCUGAAUAUUAUGCCCAUGUUUAUUACAAGAAACAACCUUAUGUCACUUGUUAUGCCCCUGAAAUAAGUGCAAUAAAUGGCCAACAAAUGUGUCCUACUUCUGAAAACACACCCUUACUCCUCCCUCCAAUUUAUAAAACACCUCCUGGGAGACCAAAAAAAUUAAGAAGAAGAGAGACAGAUGAACCUGUGAGCCAUACAAAAUUGUCCAAGAAGCAUGCUAUUAUGAAAUGUAGCAAUUGCAAAGAGUUUGGCCACAAUAACACAAGGGGCACUGCAAGUGCAGGAGCAUCUAGUAGCAGGCCUAGAUCUGAACCACAAGCAUCACCGUCAACGUCACAAGGAGCUACAGCUGGACCAGCAUCAACAGCUAAUACUGGACCAUCAUUCAGUGGAGCAGCAACUGCAUCAAGUAACCAAGUUGCAGGAAGAACACCCUCAGGACUGGGUGCACACCAUCUUGGUUCCCAAGCUAGUACCACUUGA